GACAAGAGACCACCAUUGUAAUCUUUCCAUUUGCGUAUGUCACUCCAAAGGAGCCUCGACUCUUCUUCACAAGCGAAACAACUGAAACCCCUCUUUCUAAUUACAUUGAUUUUCUAGCAACAUUUCUUCAAGAAAUCUGUAAGUAUUCAUACAUUCAAUCUUGCUUGUUUAUAGAUUUGGGAUACCAUCAAAUUCUCUGAAUUUAUUGAAAAUUGAUAGCUUGAUUGAUCUUUGUACAAAGAUUUCUUGAAUCUUAGUUAUAUUGGAUCUGAAUAACAUUGCAAUCAAGAAAUUCUGAAGUUGGGUUUGCUGAUUUGGGUCUUUAUGUGAUUUGACGUUCAAUAAAUUAGUCUGAAGUGCAAGAUUCUUGGUUUUCUGAUUUGGGGUUUUUCUAUAUCUGUUUCAAGAUUCAAUUUUUCUGUGGAUUCUUUGCGUCUUUGUAAGUAUUUUAGCGAUAAAGUUGAAGAAGGAAUUGUGAGUGGCUGAGGGGGUAAAAGGUUUCUUCACAUGGGGAAACCAUUGUUUUAUGAGAUAUUGGAGAAGCCAGCAACUAGUUGUGCAAUUGGAAUAUGCAGUGCAAUUUGGUUUUAUAUUCAGAAGUCAAAUAUUGGUUAUUCACAUGUUGGUUUGAGUUAUGAAACUGCUUUGGAAGGUCAUUAUUGGAGGAUAAUAACAUCAGCAUUUUCACAUAUUAGUGUGCUUCAUCUUGUUUUCAAUAUGAGUGCACUUUGGAGUCUUGGAGUUGUUGAACAAUUGGGGCAUUUAGGUCUUGGUAUGCAGUAUUAUCUUCAUUAUACACUGGUGUUGGUUGUUCUUUCGGGCAUACUUGUCAUUGGAAUGUACCAUAUCUUGAUUCAGAAAUUUAAGCUAGAAUAUUUUCGGAGAGUUACUGCUGUUGGAUAUUCUUGUGUGGUGUUUGGGUGGAUGACGAUUCUUUCAGUGAAGCAACCGUCGUCAAAGUUGAAUCUUUUUGGUUUUCUUUCACUUCCCAUCAGCUUUGCGCCAUUUGAGUCGCUCAUAUUCACUUCCAUUAUUGUUCCUCAAGCGAGUUUUAUUGGACAUUUAUCGGGAAUUGUUGUUGGUUAUGCUGUUGGUUGGGGUCUGAUACAUGGGAUGAACAAUUACUGGGCGGUUACAAUGCUGGGAUGGACUGUGCUUGUGUUUGUUUUCAGUUUGAAAAAGUCUGGUACAUUUGAUUUGAACUUUCUUGAGAUUGAACCUGUCACAGAUCCCUCUCUGCCUUCAGUACGUUUUUUCGCAGCUGGAACUGGUAGAAGUUUGCGGAUGAGUACAUUACCAGAUGCUGGUGCCGAUCUUGUAUAGCUUUUGGAAGAUUUCACUGCUUACUUGGGGAUCACAACGUAAUUCUAGUAUUGUUAUUUGCUGGAUGAGUUGUUGAUUAUGCACAGUUACCUCCAAAACCAUCAUUUACCCAAUGAUAUGUUCAUUGGUUCUCGAAGCACCUGUUUGUUAAUUGAACCAACUUUUUAGGUAACCACUGUCAUUUUUAAGUGUGGUGCGCAAAGUUGUUAUUACAUUUUAUAGAAUAUAGAUGAACCAUGAUGUAUUCCACUUAACACUAAAUUUUUGUGAU